CCAAGCCUUCGUCCUCACUCCCCCACUACAGUGUCACUGAUGAACUGUCAUUCACGCGCAUUUAUUGAUGAUUAUUAGAAGAGUGCAACUAGCAUAAUUUACUGGAUUACUGUGGGAAGUGUUUCAAUGUUACUGCGUAAAUUUCCGAGAAGAAACGACAGAUCGAUUGGUUAAUCAUUAUCCUCAGAUAGAUGUAAAUCCACGAAUAUAACCUUGUUUAUAGGACGUGUGUAAAUAAAAAAAAACUGCACAACAGUUCCUUUGAUUAUAAAUACUUCUCUUUAUCGAGCUAUCAAAAUGCCAAUUUUAUACAGUGUGGUAGCUCGUGGGACAAUUAUAUUGGCGAAACAUGCUGCUUGCGUUGGAAAUUUUGAGGAGGUCACAGCAAAAAUCUUGGCUAAAAUACCACCAGAAAAUGACAAACUAACAUACUCCCAAGGGCCUUAUCUUUUUCACUAUAUUUGUGAGGAUUGUCUUAUUUACAUGUGCAUUACAGAUGAUGAUUUUCAAAGAUCCAGAGCAUUUUUAUAUCUCAAUGAAAUCAAGAGAAGAUUCUUGGCUGUUUAUGGUCCAGGUGCUCAAACUGCCGUAGCAUAUGCCAUGAAUACAGAAUUUGGUCGUGUUUUGGCAAAUGAAAUGAAACAUUAUAGUGAAUCGAAAGAUUUGGAUAGAUUGUCCAAAGUUCAUGGUGAGCUAGAUGAGCUUAAAGAUAUUAUGGUGAAAAAUAUUGACAAUAUAGCGAUGCGCGGUGAACGAUUGGAGUUGCUUGUAAACAAAACGGAAAAUCUAUCUAAUAAUUCUGUUACAUUCAGAAAGACAAGUAGAAAUUUGGCGCGUUCCUUAUUCUGGAAAAAUGUCAAGAUCUAUAUUAUUGUUGGUUCAAUUUUGAUUAUUGUAAUAUACGUACUUGUCUCUAUAACAUGCGGCGGUUUGGCUUGGCAAAAAUGUGUGGGAAAUUAAUACAUAUAUAUAUGCAUGAUAAAGUAUUUUAAUCCAGUAAAUAAAUGUGAAUGGAAGGAAAUGCGCAGAAACUUAGUACGAGACUGACAAAGAUACUUAAAUGCACGAAAUUAAACAGGCAAAUUUAUUGUUAUAUUUUAGUUCUGUAUAUUACUUUUGCAUAACAGGAUACGAAUAUUGUACUAAUACGUAUAUACAUAUAUAUAAUGUACAAUAUUUAUCUAUAAUGCUUAUAAUCGUUAUUUUACAAGAAAUAUAACAAUUACAUUUUAUGGAUAAGGCA